CGCGCUCCCUCACCCCUCCCAGAUGACGGAGGCGCGCGGCCGUAGACUUGUUGUGCCUCACUCAAGAUGGCAACUGGAGCAGAUCACGGCUUGAAAAAAAUUGUUUGGCAAAGAAUCAAGGACACCCUCAUUGCAGACUGCAGAAAGUCAGAAGUAUGGAAGAUCCUCAUUCUGGACCAGUUCACCACGCGCCUCCUCUCCUCCUGCUGCAAAAUGUCCGACCUCAUGUCGGAGGGCAUCACGAUUGUGGAGGACCUGCACAAAAACAGAGAGCCAGUUCUAGAGAUGAAGGCCAUCUAUUUCAUGAGAGCCACUGCUGAGUGUAUUGAUGCAUUUAUUAAUGACUUCAAACCGAAACCCAAAUACAAAGCUGCCUAUGUCUUCUUCACUGACUACUGUCCUGAUGAUCUCUUCGACAAGAUGAAGAAGAACUGUGCCAAGCACAUUAGAGUGUGUAAAGAGAUCAACAUCUCGUUUCUGCCGCUGGAAGCACAGGUGUUCAGCUGUGAUAACGCAGAGGCCUUCAAGAGCAUCUACUCUCCGAACAGUCAGGACCGAGAUCAGACGCUGGAGAUGAUAGCGGAUCAGAUCGUAACGCUCUGUGCCACGCUGGACGAGUAUCCUGGAGUCAGAUUCAAGAAAGAUCCGUGUCUUAAUUAUGGAAAGAAGUUGGCUGAACUUGUGGAUAAUAAACUGGCACGACAUUAUGAGUUGGAUGAUAAUUCAAAGAAAAAGGAUAAAACGCCGGCUCAGCUUCUGAUUGUGGAUCGAGCGCUGGACCCUGUUAGCCCUAUUCUUCAUGAGCUCACUUACCAGGCCAUGGCUUAUGACCUCAUACCAAUAAAGGACAACAUCUAUGAGUAUAAGUUAAAGGAUGGCUGUAAGAAAGAAGCUUUACUGAAUGAAGAGGAUGAAUUAUGGGUCAAGCUACGUCACAUGCACAUUGCUGAGGUCACUGGGCAAAUCCCCAAACUGGUGAAGGAAAUCUCUGCCAGCAGAGGUGACAGGAAACAGGCCGAUGAGAAGAUCUCAAUCGGAGGCCUAUCACAGCUCAUGAAGAAGAUGCCAGGCUUCCGCAAGCAGAUGACUCAGAAAACUGUCCACUUAAGUUUAGCUGAGGAUCUGAUGAAUCAUUACCAGAAGAAUGUGGAAAAACUCUGCAAAGCCGAACAGGAUCUGGCUGUGGGUGCAGAUGCUGAAGGACAGAAGGUCAAGGACCCCAUGAGGACGUUACUUCCUGUGCUGUUGCACCCACAUGACACCACUGAUAAGAUCCGGGCCGUUCUUCUCUACAUCUUCAGUCUGAACGGUACGACAGCAGAGAACCUGAAUAAACUGAUUCAGCAUGUGAAAAUUGAGGAUGAGAAAGGGUAUAUCCUGAACUGGGAACAUCUGGGAGUUCCCAUUCUAUCCACGCCGAGCAUGUUUUCUUUUCGUAAACAAUCUCGGAGAGACCGGUCAGAUGAGGAGACUUACAAAGUGUCUCGCUGGACACCAAUGAUUAAAGAUAUAAUGGAGGAUGUGGUGGAGAACAAGCUGGAGGUCAAGGACUGGCCGUAUCAGUCUGAAUGUCCGUCUGUGUGGAACGGCUCGCGUGCUGUAAGUGCGCGGCAGAAGCACAAGGGCAGUUCUCCGGAUGAUCUCAGGAGCGGCUCGCGGCUCAUCCUCUUUGUUCUGGGCGGGGUCACUUACUCAGAGAUGCGCUGUGCUUAUGAAGUCACGCAUGCUAAUAAAUCCUGUGAAGUCAUCAUUGGCUCGACGCACAUCCUGACUCCACGCAGUCUGCUGGAGGACAUUUAUAACCUGGGCAAACAACCCAUGGAAAGAUUUACCAUCGAGGAGGACAAACCCUGUCAUAGCUAAUCUCAGGACUGAAGGGAACCAAUCUCAACUGAUUUAUCACCUCAUACAGCAUUAUUUCUUAUGCACUUAAAAGAUUAUCACAUGAAAAUAACACACCAGUGGCUCUACAUGAAACAUUUUGAGGUCAUUUAAUUUCUAAAACUCAGUUGUACUCAAUUUACUCUAUACACACACACACACACACACACACACAUAUAUAUAUAUAUAUAAAUAAAACAUUAACUCUUCACAACUAGCUGAAACUUUGUUGAGGUAUUUAGGCUUCUUCUUUUUAUUGUGUUUUAUUGAGCUUUAUAAAAUACCUAAAGUUAAAACAUUAUAUAGUAGUAUGCAUCAUGAUUAAGGACUUGCUUGACACCCAGUUAGUUUAAUAACCCUUCAAUACAAAAGCUAAAAACAGAUCAGCUCGUGACCAGAGUCUUACAGACUGGUGCCUUUAUGAAUCAGU